ACGCGCUGUCAUGCUCCCCCGCGACCGUGACUAAGAUGGAAGCGCUUUGGGAGUCUCGGUGUGGCCAUUGGGCCGGGGGUCCGGCCCCGGGACAGUUUUACCGCGUCCCGUCUGCCCCAGGCCCCCUGGUGGAUCCGGCCUCGGCGCACGGCCACUCCCCCCUCACGCGGACUCAGAACCCCAUGGUGACCGGGACCUCGGUGCUGGGCGUUAAGUUCGAGGGCGGGGUGGUGAUCGCCGCGGACAUGCUGGGCUCCUACGGCUCCCUGGCUCGCUUCCGUAACAUCUCGCGCAUUAUGCGAGUCAACAACAGCACCAUGCUCGGUGCCUCCGGAGAUUACGCCGAUUUUCAGUAUUUGAAGCAAGUUCUCGGCCAGAUGGUGAUCGAUGAAGAGCUGUUGGGAGAUGGACACAGCUAUAGUCCUAGAGCUAUUCAUUCGUGGCUGACCAGGGCCAUGUACAGCCGCCGCUCCAAGAUGAACCCUCUGUGGAAUACCAUGGUCAUUGGAGGCUACGCUGAUGGAGAAAGCUUCCUUGGUUAUGUGGACAUGCUUGGUGUGGCCUAUGAAGCCCCUUCGCUGGCCACUGGUUAUGGUGCAUACUUGGCUCAGCCUCUGCUUCGAGAAGUUCUGGAGAAGCAGCCUGUGUUGACUCAGACUGAGGCCCGAGAGCUCGUGGAACGCUGCAUGCGAGUGCUGUACUAUCGUGAUGCGCGUUCUUAUAACCGGUUUCAAAUUGCCACUGUAACUGAAAAAGGUGUUGAAAUUGAGGGACCCCUAUCUGCAGAGACCAACUGGGAUAUUGCCCACAUGAUCAGUGGUUUUGAAUGAAAUACACUUGCCUUAUCCAGAGUUGAAGUUUUGCCCUUCUUUUCCUUUGGACUGGGCUAGUUCAAAGGUAGACUUUCCUUUUGUAAAAUAAAUCAGUCUUGUAAAGUU